CCUACUAAGUCUGUGAACUAUAUCAUCUGUGGUUCGUCUGCUGUGUUUUGUCAGAUUAUUGUGGGCGAGAAUAAAAUCAAUUUCUUAGUAUCAUAAAACUAUUCUACGUCUUUGAAACCUUUUUCAAAAUGAAUAGAAUAUUCGGUAGAGGAAAACCUAAAGAACCAGGACCUAGUAUUACUGAUUGCAUUGGUAAUGUAGAUGCCAGAGCUGAUAAUAUUGAACAAAAAGUUCAGAAACUGGAUACUGAACUACGGAAAUAUAAAGACCAAAUGAACAAAAUGAGGGAAGGUCCAGCUAAAAAUUCAGUUAAACAAAAGGCAAUGCGAGUUUUAAAACAAAAGAAGAUGUAUGAACAACAGCUCGAGAAUUUAAGAGCCCAAUCAUUUAAUAUGGAACAGGCAAACUAUGCAACGCAAACAUUGAAAGAUACACAUACUACCAUUGCGGCAAUGAAGGAUGGAGUAACUCAAAUGAAGAAAGAAUUCAAAAAAAUUAACAUUGAUUCAAUCGAGGAUGUCAAUGAUGAACUGGCGGAUAUGAUGGAGCAGGCAGACGAAGUGCAAGAAGCAUUGGGCAGACAAUACGGGAUGCCAGAAAUUGAUGAUGAUGAGCUUGCUGCUGAAUUAGAUGCUUUAGGUGAUGAAAUUGCUCUAGACGAUGAUACGUCAUAUUUAGAUGACGUUGUGAAAGCGCCAGCAGCUCCUGACAAAGAACCAGGCGCAGAUAGUGUGAGAAAUAAGGAUGGGGUGCCGGUAGACGAAUUCGGCCUCCCUCAAGUGCCGAGUGCGGCCCAAACUUCGCGCUGAUAGGCUAACAAGUACUAAUUUUCUAUUAUUGGUUUAAUUCAAAGAGUACUAUUAUCUAUUAAAAUUCAUUUGGUAAUUAUCAAGGCUUAAUACAGGGUUAUUUUUAAAACAUCAGCAACUUUCCAGGAUUAGCAAAUAUCGUAAAC